AUAUAAGAUUUACCCAAUUGAUAAUCAGUUAGGUUAGAAAAAUAUCUUAAUCCAAUUCAAAAUAUUAAUACAACUUCAAUAAUAUAGAAGAAAAAAUAUAUACUGGUUUACUAUAUUCAGCUAUUAUGUUGCGUAAUUUAAUUAUCACAGCAACUCGUACCAAUUUCCAGGUAACUUUAAUAAGGCAUAAAAAGAAGAAAUUUCCAAAGAUAGACAAAAAAAUACAAGCAGCUGCUGAAUCUCUUGCAUCAAGAGGGUUUCUUCGACCCAAUAAACCUUGGGACCCACCAGUUGAUAUUCAAAAUGUAGUUUAUAAAAUCUGUUCUAAUAAUGGUCUCCAUGCUAAAUCUGAAUUUGAUUCUCUUGAAAUCAAAUACAAAGUUCUGAAGUCCUGCUUUGAAGAAACUGGUCAUGGUGUACCAAACUCUUUGCUUCACACUAUUGAAACAGUAGAUGAUUUGCAAGAGUUUUAUGAAACUCCUGUCAAUGUCUUGACACCAUUUGAUGCUCUCAAAAAGAUGGACCUGCCUAAAAAUCUGCAUGUACAAGAAGACUAUGUUAGAUUUCAUCCAGAAAAAGAUGCAUUAUUUAAUGGUGCAACAGCUUUUCCAAAAAGUUCAACUAUAGUUUCUGGUUUAAAAACACGGAAGAAAUAUGAAGGACACACAGCAAAGAGAUCAUGGCCUUGAAAAUUUUGGUUUUAUUGUAGAAGCAAGAGUGAUGUUGUAGUAUUAAAAUAAGGAACACCCUU